GACAAUUCCUGCACAAGAAAUUCCUCAGAGGCGGUGCGCCGCCGCUGUAUUUGUGUCUGUCAGCAUGUCAUCUUUGCUAAAGAGACAGGGUGAGGUGAGUUGAGGCAACGAACACGAACACAUGCAUUUGCUGCGCCACCGGCUAGAUGCGCACGCGCCACAACCAACCAACAUAACAGCCUCUCCUGCUGCGACUCGCGAGUUGUGUCAUUCCAUCGCUCCUUCGCCUCGCCGUGCCCGUGAUCUCCUUAGAUUCCCCAGCGCUAUCCCCUCCGGGAUAAAAACCUGGCACCCCUGGCCGCUUGCUAGUUAGUGUAGCUCACUGGGUGACCACAGCGACCACCGCCACUGCGAUGGCCGUGUCGUUGCGGGCGCGGCUCUUGCUCUACGCCGCCGUGGUGCUGCUCGUCGCGUCGGGCGACGUGGCCGGCGGGCGGCACGGGCACACGAAGACCCUGAGGCCGGGGAAGAACGCGCCCGCGAAGCCGUACCCGGUGGACGCGACGCGGGUGGAGGCGAUCGAGCGGCAGUUCACGCGGUGGGUGCGGUUCAUGGGCGGGCUCGGGCACAGCACGUUUAACCGCGCGCUCAAUCGCGCGUUCCUGCCCACGCGCACGCUGGUGGUGGACAAGAACCCGGCGGCCGGCAACUUCACGUCCAUCCAGGCCGCCGUCGACUCGCUCCCGCUCAUUAACCUCGCCCGCGUCGUCAUCAAGGUCAACGCCGGCACAUACACGGAGAAGGUGAACAUCUCGCCGAUGCGCGCGUUCAUCACCAUCGAGGGCGCCGGGGCCGGCAAGACGGUGGUGCAGUGGGGCGACACCGCCGACACGGUCGGGCCAUGGGGGCACGCCAUCGGCACGUUCGCCUCCGCCACAUUCGCCGUGAACUCGGCGUUCUUCGUCGCCAAGAACAUAACUUUCAAGAACACGGCCCCGGUACCGAGGCCGGGCGCGCUGGGCAAGCAGGGGGUGGCGCUGCGGAUAUCGGCGGACAACGCCGCGUUCGUGGGGUGCAACUUCCUGGGCGCGCAGGACACGCUGUACGAUCACCUGGGCCGGCAUUACUACAGGGACUGCUACAUCGAAGGGUCCGUGGACUUCAUCUUCGGCAACGCGCUCUCCCUGUUUGAGGGGUGUCACGUUCACGCGAUCGCGCGGAACUACGGCGCGCUGACGGCGCAGAACCGGAUGAGCAUCCUGGACGACACGGGGUUCUCGUUCGUCAACUGCCGGGUGACGGGCUCCGGCGCGCUCUACCUGGGCCGCGCCUGGGGCUCCUUCUCCCGCGUCGUCUUCGCCUACACCUACAUGGACAACAUCAUCAUCCCGCGCGGAUGGUACAACUGGGGCGACCCCACCCGGGAGAUGACGGUGUUCUACGGGCAGUACAAGUGCACGGGGCCGGGGGCCAACUACGCCGGCAGGGUGGAGUGGUCGAGGGAGCUCACCGACGAGGAGGCCAAGCCCUUCAUCUCCCUCGAUUUCAUCGAUGGGUUCGAGUGGCUCCGGUUGUAGCACAUCUAGCUGAAACUCAUUCACCUAUGACCUUAUUGUGAAGACAAGAAAGAAGACAACAGAAAUACUAAUUCGAUUGUUGCGAUUGCAUGAUAUUGGUGAGCACCGCAGUCUCCUUCGCCUCGGUUUACGGCUAUUGGGAUCACUGCAAAUAGCACCAAAGCCGAUAGUCACUGCUACUGCGCGUAGGUCUUGAACUCUCUCGGUGAUCAGCAAGCACUCGACACACGAUGAAUGAAACAAAACUGAGGGCUGGAAAACCGAGGCAGGCUUGCAUGGGCCUCUGCUGCCUGCCGUCCCCAACCGUGGUCGGUCCAAGCAACAAGAACAACGGUUGUUUCGUCCACUGUCAGACUCAACAAGGCCUAGUUAAAAAAGGGCCCAUUGCUGGCCUAGGAACUCCAUUGCAAGUUUGCG